AUGGCUGCCAAUAAUGAGAGUAAGAAUGGUGACGAUGAUGACCACACCUACGAAGGAGCCUUGAAUGCCCUUCUCCAUUCUCCCUUGCAUCAAGCAAGAACGAAAGAAGCCUUGGCCAAAGCAGCCGAACGUCGGACCAAGACCAUUCAUGACAUGAGAAUCUAUAUGCGUCGCAUCGGUCUACCGGCGUCAUCAUUGCCAGCCAUUGUUCAUGUCACGGGCACCAAGGGCAAGGGAUCCACGUGUUGUCUCUGUGAAUCCAUCUUGCGACGACACUAUGGAUGGAAUACGGGAUUGUUCACCAGUCCACAUUUGGUCGAUAUUCGAGAACGAAUUCGAGUCAAUGGAUUGCCCAUUCCCAAGACGGUCUUUGGACAAGUCUAUUGGCGCGUCCGGACGCUCUUGGAAAGCAAUUGCAAUCAAGACCAAGAUCCCGAUCUGCCGGUCUUGCCGGGAUAUUUUCGCAUGUUGACACUCAUGGCCUUGUUUACAUUUGCGCAGUACCAGCAACCAACUUUGGAUGUUAUUAUUUUGGAAGUGGGCAUGGGAGGUCGCUACGAUGCGACCAAUAUUAUCGACAUGACUCCUCUUGAGAGAAAUAAUAUCGUGUGUGGGGUCACCUUGUUAGACUUGGAUCACACACGAGUUCUAGGGGAUACGCUAGAGAAAAUUGCCUGGGAAAAGGGUGGAAUCUUCAAAACCAUCAAGGAUGAACAACAAUCUGCUAACUGCAAUGACAGCAAGAACAACAAGAAGAAGCUAUUUGCCAUUGACACCAAUACACCCGGAGUUAUUGCGGUCCUGGAGAAGUGUGCCAAAGAAGAAGGUAGGCAGACACUCCUCCUUGUUGGCAAUUGCACCAAGGCAGUCCCUUCGGAUGCCGUUAUUGGAUUGCCGGGAGAUCAUCAACGCAUCAAUGCAGAACUGGCCAUUGCUCUUUGUCAAGCGGUCGUGUCCUCAUCACAGCAAACACCAACCACAACAAUCGACGACGACAAUAAGAGGAUGAGUGUCCUGGAUGCCUUGGCACAAGCACGUUGGCCCGGCCGGUGUCAAACAGUCGAAAUGACAAAAUCCAGCAGCAUCCAUCUACGCUUGGAUGGAUCUCAUACUCCCAUCUCCUUGCAAGCGGGAUACGACUGGUUCACUUCCGUCACACAACAGCAACAACAACCGUGCAAGCGAAUACUCAUUUUCAAUUGCAGCCACGAACGAAAUCCAGUUGACCUCUUGCAGCUCCUGCUGCGACCAUCGACGCGGGGAGUGUCCUGUGGCUUUGAAAGGGUAUUCUUUUGUCGGUCCGACUUUGCACGGCCCAGUGCAGUCUCAAAGAAGAAUGCCAGAGACUUGCUGGAGGACCAUGGAAUUCCACUGCACGAGGAAUGGCUGCCUCCCAACAAUAGUAGCGACGAAGAGGAAUCAACAAAAGUAGUCACCACGUGGCAAAUGACACUCGAGUCCAUAUGGAAGCAUUUGGAGAAGAGCCAAGAGUCACAGCCAUCUGAAACGGCGGUGAAUUUGACCGUGGCGGAAGGCUUGGAUCGCAUUCGUUCCAUGGCCGAGAGUGAAGCAUCGGCAUCGGUGGAAGUCUUGGUGGCUGGAUCCCUCUACAUUGUCGGCUCCGCUCUGAAUGCCAUUGAAUGGUCAGAAGAAGAGGCGCCAGGUGGCAUUGCCCUCUAG